GGUUUGUGUCCAGAGUGGGUAGAGUCCAGAUCAUCCGUCAAUCUUACCCCAGUCGAAACGGCCACUGACAACACACCCAAGGCAAAACACACACAGAAUGUUCAGGCGUAGUGUAGAUUCCUUUGUUCCAGGGGGUGGGCCGGGUGGUGUCUCGAAAAGAAACGUUCCAAAACACGGCAGAGAUAACAUGGAGAUGUCGACCAACAUUGGGAUGCGGAGAGGAGAACCGAAAGACACUCCUACCUUAACACUCCACCAGUGUGUCAGGGAUGGCAACCCAGACAAGCUGCUUUAUCUCCUGGACAACUUUGGCAAUGUAACGAAGAAGAUCAAUGCUCUUGAUGAAAGCAAACUUAGUCCACUUCAUUAUGCAGCCCGGUACAAUCAUUUUGAGGUGGUCAAAAUACUGGUGGAAAGAGGAGCAGAUGUGAACAAAAAGGGAAAAGAUGAUCUGACUCCCCUGCAUCUCGCAGCCCGUUGCAAGCGCAUGAAGCGCACCAAAUCUACUGACAGCCUGGAUGAGGUAGAGGGCAACGGUGCACCAUUGACCCCUGCUAGUAGUGAGGCCACAGUGGAAACAGCAGUGAGCAAUGAGGAGGAGAGGGGAGAUGGGGAUGAUGUGCCCAAUGGAGCGGUGAGAGAAGAGGCAGCAUCUGAUGAUGAACUGGAUAAUCAGCCAAGUGUUGUAAAAUACUUAAUAGAACGAGGGGCUAAUGUUAAUGCUCAGGAUUACUAUGGUCUGACCCCACUCCAUUUUGCUGCCAUGCGAGGGAAUGACCGUGUUUGCAGAGAACUACUGAGUGUGCCAGAUAUUUAUAUAGAGGCCGCAGAUAAGCAGCAGAUGACGGCGCUGCACUUAGCAGCGGCCCAUAGUUGUGUGGAGGUGGCACAGAUUCUCAUAGAAGCUGGGGCAAACCUGCGUUGCAUUGAUCAUGAGUCAUGUACUCCACUUCACCUGGCAGCGGAGAAGGGCAAUAUUGAGAUUGUCGGCAUGUUGUUUGAUGCAGGACAGAAAAAAGAUGGUUGGGUUACUUUGUCACAGAUGGUAACAGAUCAGAAUGUAGAACAGAAUACAGCCCUUCAUCUUGCAGUCAACAAUAGUCAUUAUGAAGUGGCCAAAUUAAUUAUAGAAAAAGGUGGGCUUGAUAAUGAAACAUCCAAAUACUUAUCCACUCCGCUCCACCUUGCCUCUGUUGGUGGAGAUGUACGGGUCGUGCAGCUGCUCCUGGACAGUAAUGCUAGAGUGGACGCUCUUAACCACAACCAGGAGACACCACUCCAUAAAGCUGCAGAGAAUGACCACCCCGAAGUAGUGGAGCUUUUACUGAAAAGCAAUGCAGACAUUGAGAAGCGUAAUGAGGAUAACUGCACCGCACUAUUGCUGGCAGCAUGUUGGGGAAAUCCUGAGGUGAUCAAGGUUCUGCUCAAGUACAACGCCGACCCUAGUGCAGCGGACAAGAAUGAGAAAACUGCCAUUUUCUGGGCUGCAGAAAACAAUCAUGUCAGCUGUCUUCAGGUUCUGCUGAAAAACCCAAAAGUAACAAAGCUGAUUGAUGAACCUGAUCGCUAUGGCAACACCCCACUCCAUAUUGCUGCACAGUUGGGCCACAUCAACUGUGUAAAGUUGCUUAUGGAGCACAAUGCCAUGGUGGACGACAAAAAUGAAGAUGAACAGACGCCGCUGCAUUUAGCUGCUAUGUAUGAUCAACCACUAGUUGUAAGAGAGCUUGUGAACAAGCAGAAGACAAUAAUAUAUGAUGGAGAUGAGGAUUCAAACACAGCUCUCCACCUGGCUGCUCUGGCUGGUCAUCAGAGAGUGAUGGAUGUGCUGCUGGACCUCGGGGCAGGUGUGGAGACUAGGAAUGCCAAAGGUUGGACAGCUCUUGAUUGUGCUGCCUACAUGGGCAAGGUGAAGGCAGCAGAAACACUGCUGAAGGCACACAGUCCCAUUGAUCCACUUGAUAAAGAAAAGGUUACCCCUCUUCAUUUGGCUGCCAAGGGUGGCCACACAGAGAUGGUUGAAUUUCUAAUGAAGAUGGGUGCAAACAUAGCGCAGAGAGAUCAAAAUGGCUUAAACUGCCUGGAUAUGGCUAUAGAUUGCAACCAUGAGAAUGUUGCCAUGGCAAUUGUUAAGUCGGACAAGUGGGAAGAAGCUAUGAAAAACCAAACAGCAGUUUCCAAAGAUUUAGGAAAGGACACUCCCCUUAGGAAACUAAUCCGCAAAAUGCCAGAUGUUGCAGAGAAAGUGUUUAACAAGUGCAUGAAACCCAACAUGACCAACCUUGAAAACUCAGAUUGUGAAAUAAUAUUCAACUAUGAAUACCUGGAUGACACGUUUGCCGACUGGGGAGAGAAGAGUGAUGAUGGAUCCUGCUCAGAUUCAAUUUAUGAUGAAGACACACAUAUCAUUAAACCUGAUGUCCCUCCAUACUCGAAGGAUUCAAGAAUUUUGAAGAAAAACCAUCCAUUGCAGAUUAUGGUGUCCUCAAAAAGAGAAGACUUGUUGAGUCACCCACUGGUAGCCAGCCUGCUGAAACACAAGUGGCAAAAAUUUGGAGCUGCCUUCUACUAUAUUAAUCUGAUCAUUUACAGUGUAUUCCUGACAUUCCUG